UAGCCGCGAAGACAAAACAGAUUGCUAAUUAUAUUUGAAGGAAUCGCUGGAUGAAGUAGAAGUGAAAUGAUGUGUAAUUUUGUUUUUGUUUUGAAAAUUACUUUCACAAAUUUUGGUAACUUUCAAGCCCGUAAUUAAUGAAUCUGUGAUUUGUGCCGCUCUGGGAACUUUCCCGUAGAUUAUCCAAUGAGUGCUUUUCACGAAAUUUUUUUUUAUCCUUUUAAAAUAUCUCAGAUGAAGAAAAGAACUGAAAAAAUUUGCUUUGGAAGAAAAGCUCCAAGAAAGAAAGUAUCUUUAUUUAGUUUCUUUGAAAAUUUGUUUCUUUAAUUGGUAAUGAAGAUGGCAGUAUCCUGUUUAAUUCAAGGUGACAAUGUCGAAUCCAGUAACACUACUGACCAAAAUGAAGUUGUUGAAAUUAUUGCAAAACCAUCUGUAAGUCUCUUAAAACUCAUUGGAAGCAAUAUUUUAGCAUUUGGCUUAGAAUUGUGCUCAAGCGCUGGAUUUACAUAUAUCUCUCCUAUUUUACUGAAAAAUGGUUUUUCAGAUAAAUCACUUGCAUUUAUAAUGGGAAUCGGUCCAUUUAUUUCUUUAAUUUUAGUUCCCAUUAUUGGACGUUGGAGUGACAGAUGCCAAAAUAGAUUUGGCCGAAGACGACCCUUUAUGUUUGUUUUGGGAAUCCUUACUGUAAUUUCUUUGUUAAUAAUACCUUAUAGCUCAGAAAUAUUUUCUUGUAACUCAAUUAUAAGUCCUUGCUAUGGACUAGCUACUGGUGUUAUUUUGUUCGACUUUUCUAGUCAAGCACUUAUGAAUCCUUGUAAAGCUCUUAUACCUGAUAUAUUUCAUUCUAGAUCAGAUCAAAACUCAGGAUUUACUGUAUAUUCAUGUAUGCUGUCAUUAGGUGGAUGUGUUGGAUAUUUUAUUACAUCAUUAAAUUGGACAACUACAUUUUUAGGCAUCUAUUUUGGUGGACAAGAAAAAGCUAUAUUUACUAUAUUGUCUGUAUUUCUACUUAUACUUUUAAUCAUAAAUAUAAGUGUUGCCCAAGAAAAACCCUUUGAUGGAACAUUUUAUAAAUCCAAUGCAAUUCUCGAUAAAAAUUCUAAUGGAAUCUCUUCAGAAAAAGAAAUUUGUAUUGUUUUCAAUUCUUCUCAGUUGCCAAAAGUCCAAAUUAGUUUUAAACCGAACUUGGGAGUGAUCAAUGAAAGCACAGACGAAGCUUCUACCUUUUUCUUUCCCGAGAAAUCAUUACUGCUGAGAUCAAAAUUUCAAGCUUUUUUGUAUCGUACUGAGCUUCGGAUCAAAAAUUUCUUUCAGUAUGUGUAUGAAGAAUAUUUUGUCAUGCCACCUGUGUUACUUAAUUUAUUUAUAGCUUCAUUAUUUGGUUGGAUGGGAGUUAUGUGCCAUGAUAUGUACUAUACAGAUUUUGUUGGACAAGUUAUUUAUAAAGGCAGACCACAUGCAGAGAAAGAAAGUUUUGCCAUUACACUUUAUGAUGAAGGCAUCAGAAUGGGAUCUUGGGGUCUAUUGCUACAUUGUUUAUCUUCUGUUCUUUAUGCUGCUUUGUUUCAAAAGUGUUUGAUAAGUAGAUAUGGAACCUAUAGAGUAUAUAUGCAAGGAAUACUGAUUUUUUCGAUGAGUAUGUUAGGAACAGCAAUGACUAAAAGUUUGUUGUUUGCAAAUAUAUUUUCUGCGGCAUCAGGAAUUGGAUAUGCUGUUCUUACAACUGUGCCAUAUUCAUUAAUUACUGAAUACUAUGAUAAGAAAGAAAUUUAUUACCAGAGCAGUAACAUAAGAGGAGUAGGCAAAGAUAUGGCUGUGUUGGAUGUAGCAUACUUUUUAUCUCAAAUCAUCCCUUCUUUGAUUUUAGGGUCCCUUGUUGAUUAUACGAAAUCUUCAACUUCAUACAUGGGGCUAGCUGCUGUUUGUGGGGCUGCUGCUAGCUAUUUUGCAUAUUUUGUUACUUUUCCUUCUUAAUAUAGAUUUAUGAAUUAUAAAAAAUAAGUUUUUAUAAAAAUUUAAAUUUGUUAAUCCUGAAUAUAAAAUACUGUAAAUAUGUUGCAUUUAAUGUAUAACUUUUCUUUUAUAUUUAAUUAUUGUUACAAUACUGUGCUUUUGAAGACAGCUCAAAUAGUGCCUUAUUUAAACUUUGGCAUUGUGACCUUCUCUGUCUUACUGCAGAGAAUUUUGUUUUCUUCUCAGUAGUAUAUAAAAAACUACUUCUUCUAAGCAAGUGAUAACCCAUUAAUGUCAAGUAUCCCAUUUUAAGGACAGUUGAAUUAUUAAAACAUAAAUUGAACUCCUACGAUUUUUAAGGUAUUCAGUUCGCAUAAUGAUACAUGGUAGUGCCAAUCAAGCAUUUUGCAGUAAUCCAUUUCAUUUUCUUUUUUUUUGUUCACUGGAUUCAGUCUCAAAAGAGUUUUCAUUCUAAUUAAACUAAACAGAAAUUUUAGGCUUGAUUUUUUCCUAAAUAAUUUCAAUUCAUUUAAUAUUAGUAUACAAAAUAUGAUAGAAAAUUGCAUUUGGCCAUUAAUGGGUUUAUUUAAUUUGGUGAUGGCAAGACUUAUAAAGUUAGCAGAUUAAACUUUUCCAAAUUAACUUAAAAGUUUUUGGUUCGAAUAGUAGACUCAAUGAAAUGUGUUAAAAAAAAUAAUAACUUUUUUUAAUUAAAUUCAAGUUUUUGAAAUGCCUUUUAAGGAAAUUGGGAAUUAGAUUUUAAGUUUUAAAGUUAAAAAAAGAAAAAAAUUAGAAAUGAGAAUUAAAGAUUUCAAAGCACAUUUUCUUGUGAUAUCAUAUUGUGAGCCUUAUACUACAAUUUAUUUGAUGUAAUUUUAUUUUUUUCAUUCAGGUUUAUAUUAUUUUAAAUUUACCAGCUAAUAAAUUAAUCAAAUUGGUGAAUAAAAAGAGUGAAAUUCAUAGUUUAUUUACAAGUCUUAAUUCUAAAAUGCUUUUUUUUUUACAGAAACUGAUGAUUGAGUAAUCAUUGUAAUAACUUUAUGUCUUAGUUAACCAACAUGUGACAAAAUUUAACUAAUUUGAUUUUCUUCUCUCUCUCUUUUGUGUAAUUAGAUAAUGAAAGUAUUAAUAUUUAUAACUGUAGCAGAGCAAGUUCAAGGUUUGCCAUCACUAAAUUUUGUUUCAGAUAAUCAUUUUUUGCCGUAAGUGCUCUUGUUUCUAAUAAUUAACUUGAUGAAUUGUUUUUACAAAGUUUUGAAUGAAAGUUGUUUUUCAUAUUUUUAUACACACUCAUAUAGACUAUAUUAGCAAUUGUGUAAAAUUUUUUUCAUAAGAUUUUCAUCUUUAACUGAACUUUUACUUCCUGAUAGCUUUACUUUUGUGUUUUUUUUUGAAGAGUUUGUUCUUUUUAGAACACUUUUUAUUUUUUUAGUGUUAUUUAUUGCAGCAAAUGAUUUGAUAUUAGUAGUAUUUAUUUAAAUAUAUAUUAUGUGUAUGAAUUCUAAAAACAGCUUAAGAUAACAUUAAAUAAUUUAUAUUUUAGCAUAAUAUUUAAGAAAUUGGUGUGUUUGUUAUUGUACUACAUUUUUUAUUCUA